UACGGGGACAAGUAGAUGAGAACUAGUCCCAUUUCACAAAGAAGAAAAUAGGGUAAAGGAGUGAAGGCCCAAGGCACUGGUCUCAAACUAUUCUCCCCAGCUUCUGGGUUACAUAUUAACUGCCCCACUGUCAGAAGGAGGGAGUGGCAAGGUGAUAUGAACACAGCUUUGGGAAGGGAGCCAGCUAGGAAACACUGUCACCCAACCAAUCACGCAGUCCACAUGGUUGCAGAUUAUUAACCCUGGAUCCCAGGUUAAGCUGACAGACACUGGGUUGUCUCCUACAUUGGGCACUGCUAGCUAAUGGGCCCAAAGGGGGAAUCCCAGUCCUGGGGUUGCUGGGGAGGGGUCCUGGGGACUUGGCUGGCUUUGGCACGUCCCAGAGUGGGUCAGCGACUGCUCAGCAAGAGGCGUGGGUGCAGAGCUGAUGCCUUCUUGGGUAGGCGAGGAAGUCAAGAACAUUUAACUUUUUCUUUUCAAAGCUGGGGCCUGAGAAGUAGCCGCAGAAAAAAACUACAGCUCCCAGAAGCCUUUGCUUCCAGGAGGGCCUAGGAUGGUUGCCAUGGUUUCAGAAAACAAUAUGGCCGCUUCCAGCUAGGCGGUGAGCAGCUGGAUUCCGGAGGCAGAGACGGAUCAGACUGUCCGCAGGGUCAAGAGAGGAGGUGCUUGAGGGGUGUUGACACUGGGGCCGGGCGCUGGCCUUGCCCAGGGCUCCGAUGGCGAGCAGCGUGGACGAAGAGGCUCUGCACCAGCUGUACCUGUGGGUAGACAGCAUCCCUCUGUCCCGGCCCAAGAGAAACCUCUCCCGGGACUUCAGUGACGGAGUCCUGGUCGCAGAGGUUGUCAAGUUUUACUUCCCCAAGAUGGUGGAGAUGCACAACUAUGUCCCUGCAAACUCUCUCCAGCAGAAACUCAGCAACUGGGGUCAUCUGAACAGGAGGGUACUGAACAAGCUGAACUUCUCGGUACCUGACGAUGUGAUGCGCAAGAUCGCGCAGUGUGCCCCCGGCGUGGUGGAGCUGGUGCUCAUCCCGCUCAGGCAGCGCCUGGAAGCGCGGCAGAAGCGCAGGAAACAGGGCGCAGGCUCCUUACAGGAGCUGGCUCCCCAGGAUGGCAGUGAAUACAUGGAUGUGGGUUUAUCCCAGAAGGCACCAGGGGAAGGUGCCCCAGACCCCCAGGGAGGGCGCCAGCUCAGGGGGACCCGACCGCCAGCUCCUCGGCCUCUAGGGUAUAGCCAAGCGCCGCAGGGCGACCCAAGCUUCGUCCUCCAGAUCGCUGAAAAGGAGCAAGAGCUAUUGGCCUCGCAGGAGACUGUGCAGGUCCUGCAGAUGAAGGUGAGACGCCUGGAACACCUGCUCCAGCUCAAGAACGUACGCAUCGAUGACCUCUCCCGGCGACUCCAGCAGGCAGAGCGCAAGCAGCGGAGAAUGGACCGCUUUCCAGAGCCCAGAAGUCACGUGCAGAGAUCUGGCCUGCUCCUCAAAGCAGUGCCCCACACCUUGGACCCAGCCUUAAAGCUCCCAGCCCUGGGCUUUGAGGGACUGUCUCCCGGCUCAGUCCAUGCCUCCAGAACCGGGUCCCUGCCCAGCUCUGAGGACAGCUGCGUCUCCAUCCAGGCUAGCUCUCCAUGUCUUCAGCCAUGGGGGAAGCUGGCCCAUGCAGAAGAAGGGCUCCCUUGUCCUUCCUGGGUGCUCAUCUGGGACCCUGCUCGCGGCUGGAGACCGCAGCAGCUGGAGAGGAAGGGGUGAGAAGUAGGAUCGGUCAGAAGAUGUCAGCUUUGUCCAUCCCAGCUACCGUCUGUGCUCACUGGCUGCUGUUGGUAGUUUUGGGGGAUAUGGGAAAGGGCUGCUCUAUUAAAGGCAUUGUGGUAUCUU